AGUAGUAACGAACGAACGAACGAACGAACGUUCACUCCCUCUCACAUACAAAGUACAAAAUGAGGAUCUCUUGUUUCCUUCUGAUUCUCAUACUGUUCUCCAGUUCCUAUGCUUACAAUGAUCUUGAUGUUCUGUUGAAGCUGAAAUCCGCCAUGAUCGGACCCAAAGGCUUUGGACUGGAGGACUGGAAGGAGAACAACUCGUUGACGCCCAAUGCACACUGCAGUUUUUCCGGAGUCACGUGCGACCAAGACUCACGUGUCGUCGCUCUCAAUGUGUUUUCUCAUCCCUUGUUUGGUACGGUUCCGCCGGAGAUAGGGCUGUUGGACAAGCUUGUGAACCUUACCAUCUCCAACGAUAACCUUACUGGGAAGCUUCCUGUAGAGGUGGCGAACCUGACGUCACUCAAGGUCCUCAAUAUCUCUUACAAUCUCUUCCAAGGAAACUUUCCCGGUGAAAUCACUCUUGGCAUGACGGAGCUUGAGGUCCUCGACGCCUACGACAACAACUUCGCCGGUUCUCUGCCGGUGGAGAUAACGAAACUGAAGAAUCUGAAACAUCUUCAUUUUGGAGGGAACUACUUUACCGGUGAAAUUCCGGAGAGUUAUUCUGAGAUACAGAGCUUGGAGUACCUAGGGUUGAAUGGUAUUGGACUAACCGGGAAAACGCCGUGGUUUUUGUCAAAGUUGAAGAAUCUCAGAGAAAUGUAUAUUGGGUACUUCAACUCAUACGUCGGAGGUAUUCCACCGGAGUUUGGAUCGAUGAGUGAACUCCGGCUUCUUGAUAUGGCAAGCUGUAACAUCACCGGUGAGAUUCCCACGAGUUUAAGUAAUUUGAAGAACUUGCACUCAUUGUUCCUUCAAUUGAACCGGCUUACGGGUUAUAUACCCCCUGAACUAUCCGGUCUAAUUAGUUUGAAAUCAUUCGAUGUCUCGAACAAUGAAUUGAUCGGAGAGAUACCGCAGAGCUUCUCUGCGUUGCAGAACAUUACGUUACUCAAUGUGUUUAGAAACCGCCUCUACGGUGCAAUCCCGGAUUUCGUCGGUGAUUUCCCGUUUCUUGAGACGCUUUAUGUUUGGGGAAACAACUUCACGUAUGAAUUGCCGCAGAAUCUCGGCCGGAAUGGUAAGUUGUUGUACGUCGACGUUUCGGAGAAUCACUUCACUGGACUCAUUCCUCGGGAUUUGUGUAAAGGAGGGAGGUUGAAGACGUUUAUUCUCAUGGACAAUUUCUUCUUUGGAACGCUUCCUGAGGAGCUAGGCGAGUGCAGGUCGCUGGAAAGAAUUCGCAUCUCGAAGAACCUUCUCAACGGCACCAUUCCUGCCGGGAUUUUCAGCUUGCCGGCAGUGCAGGUGAUCGAGAUGUAUGAUAAUUACUUCUCCGGCGAGCUCCCGUCUGAGGCAUCCGGUGAUGCGUUGGGAUUCUUGGACUUGUCUAACAAUUGGAUCAGCGGCAGCAUUCCUCCGGCAAUUGGGAAUCUGAAAAAUUUGCACAUAUUGUCCCUUGCAAUGAACAGAUUUAGAGGUGAAAUUCCACAUGAAAUCUUCGGUCUAGAGUCCCUCUCGAAGAUCAACAUAAGCGCAAACAACAUUAGCGGGAAAAUCCCUGAUUCAAUUUCUCGCUGCACAUCCCUUAACGCAAUUGAUUUGAGCCGAAACAAUCUUAGUGGGGAAAUUCCAAAUGGAAUCGCUAUGCUAACGGUUCUUGGCACUUUCAACAUUUCUCAGAAUAGAAUCACAGGCCACAUUCCCGCUGAAAUUCGAAACAUGACAAGCCUAGCAACUCUCGAUCUCUCCGACAAUAACUUCUACGGCAGAAUCCCGACCGGUGGGCAGUUUCAGGUGUUCAAGGACAAUGCAUUCGCCGGCAAUCCCAAUCUCUGUUCACCAGGAAAUGUUUCUUGCCGGUCUUUUGUUGAUUCUGCUCAAUCCUCUGGUCACGGCCAUAAGAAGUUCUUCUCUUCGUCCAAGCUUAUUCUCACAAUCAUUGUGUUCUUCACUGCUUUGCUGUUGAUAAUCGUCACCGUCUACAGAUUGAGAAAUAAGAAGCUCCAGAAAUCAAAGACUUGGAAGCUCACUGCAUUCCAUCGGCUUGAUUUCAAAGCAGAGGAUGUGCUGGAGUGUUUGAAAGAAGAAAACAUAAUAGGCAAAGGCGGUGCCGGGAUCGUUUAUCGCGGGUCCAUGCCGGAUGGUGUUGAUGUGGCGAUCAAGCGACUAGUGGGUUGUGGCAGUGGACACAGCGACCACGGUUUCUCGGCCGAAAUCCAAACAUUGGGCCGAAUCCGUCACCGGAAUAUUGUUAGACUGUUGGGUUACGUGUCGAACAAGGACACGAACUUCUUGUUGUACGAGUACAUGCCGAAUGGAAGCUUGGGAGAGAUGUUGCACGGAUCAAAAGGAGGCCAUUUGCAGUGGGAGACGAGGUAUAAGAUCGCGGUUGAGGCUGCGAAGGGCCUUUGUUACCUUCACCAUGACUGCUCGCCUUUGAUCAUACACAGAGAUGUAAAGUCCAAUAAUAUUCUUCUGGACUCGGACUUUGAGGCCCAUGUCGCUGAUUUUGGACUCGCUAAGUUCUUGCAGGAUGCCGGUGCAUCAGAGUGCAUGUCCUCCAUCGCUGGCUCGUAUGGCUACAUCGCACCAGAGUAUGCCUACACGUUAAAGGUGGACGAGAAAAGCGAUGUUUACAGCUUCGGCGUAGUGUUGCUGGAACUGAUAGCCGGGAGGAAGCCAGUGGGGGAGUUUGGGGAUGGAGUUGACAUAGUGAGAUGGAUUAGGAAAACUACAUCAGAGAUUUCUCAGUUGCCUGAUGCUGCUGCUUCAGUUCUAGCAGUGGUGGACCAAAGGCUUAGUGCUUCAGUGCUUGCAGUGGUGGACCAAAGGCUUAGUGGGUACCCGCUAUCAGAGGUCAUAAAUCUGUACAAGAUAGCCAUGUUGUGUGUUGCAGAUGAGGCAUCUCAUAGACCAACUAUGAGGGAGGUGGUGCAUUUGCUUACUAAUCCUCUCCAGUCUGCCCCAACCCUCGUCAACCUUUAGACUUGCAUUGCAUGGUAGAGUCAGGGACUUGUGCAAAUAACAAAAGCAUGUGAAAUUGUAAUAAUCUUGUGUUUAUUAGUUCUGAGAUUGGGAGAAAGCAUUAGCUAGGGACUGGGGUGGGUAUAGAAGAAAGGUUUCUGCAAUGGUUGGUUUCCAGUUUUUCUUUAUUUCCACUAUGUUGUUUGUUAAGCACAUUCUAGCCAUUCUGACUAGAUUUGAAGGUGUUUAUAUUUUCUUUUGUUUUGGUUUCAUUGUUCAACUGCGCAAGUGUAAAAAAGUUCUGAUAUUAUAAAAAUAGUAUAUUGCAGGA